AUGGCGGUGAAAACUUACGGCGAAAAACCCGUCAGUUUUCAGCUUGAUGAGGAUGGAGAAUUUUUCUGUAUUGGAUCUGAGGUGGGAAAUUAUUUGCGACUCUUUCGCGGUUCUCUCUACAAGAAAUAUCCCGGACUGACGCGGAGGAAUGUAACAGUGGAAGAAAGACGCAAAUUGGCCGAAUUGGGAUUGUCACAAGCCGUUCUAGCAUCUAGCAUUUCAUUGCUAAAGGCGAGUGAAGUGGAAGACUUGAUAGAAGGGAAUGACGAUCGAUAUAAAGCCAUUUCCGUGCACUCUGAAGUGCACGUUGCUCCUAAAGAAACGAAGGCCCGGAAAACGGCAUGGACACUUCCGCCUCCUUCUUCUUCGCAGCAUCUUGACGCUGUUCCUCAAGCAACUCCAAUAAAUCGUAAUAGGAUCGGGACCAAGAAAGUCCGAACCUUUGAUGACACUGACGUUGUUUCCCUUCAUGAAAACGCUGCCGCAAUGGAAGUACUGGUACCGAUUCGCCUGGACAUGGAGAUAGAUGGCUUGAAACUCCGCGAUACCUUUUGUUGGAAUAAGAAUGAAACCUUAAUCACCCCGGAAAUGUACGCUGAAAUUCUCUGCGAUGAUCUCGAUCUUAACCCGUUGACGUUCGCUGGUGCGAUAGCGCAGUCGAUCAGGCAACAAGUGGAGCAGUUCAACACUGAUUCCAUACUCACUGAACAAUCCGACCAGCGUGUUUUGAUAAAGUUGAACGUCCACGUCGGGAAUAUUUCUCUGGUGGAUCAGUUUGAGUGGGACAUGAGUGAAAAGCACAAUGUAUCUCCCGAAGAAUUUGCUGGUCAAUUGUGUGCCGAAUUGGGACUUGGUGGAGAAUUCGUGACUGCCAUUUCCUAUUCCAUUCGUGGCCAGCUUGCGUGGCAUCAGCGUACUUACUUGAUGAAUGAUAAUCUCGGACCUGUGGAAACACCGUACAGAAAUCCCGGCGAUGCCGAGCAAUGGUCGCCCUUCCUGGAAACUCUUACCGACGCAGAAAUGGAGAAGAAAAUAAGAGACCAGGACAGGAACACUCGCCGAAUGCGACGUCUGGCCAAUACGACCACUGAUGGGGGCGACUUUUACUGCAUCGGCUCUGAGGUGGGGAAUUAUUUGAGACUUUUUCGUGGAGCGUUGUACAAAAAAUAUCCGGGCCUCUACAGGCGGAAUGUGUCCCCGGAAGAACGCAAGAAACUUUUGGAGAUGGGUCUCACUCACGCCGUAUUUGCAUCGAACAUCUCCCUUCUGAAGUCUAGUGAAGUUGAAGAUGUCCUUGACGGCAAGGACGAUAAAUACAAAGCUAUGGCCGUGCAGCAUGCUGAAGUCGCCGUGGUAGCUCGUGACAUAAAGACUAGAAAGUCUGCAGUUUCCAUCCCGGUUCCUUCAUCAACUCAGCAUUUGGAUGCCGUCCCACAGGCUACUCCGAUAAAUCGUAACCGUUUGGGAGUGAAAAAGAUACGGACGUUUCCUUUGGUCUUGGAUGAUACAGACCCUGUGAGCCUCCAUGAGAAUGCUUCUGCACCUGAAAUUCUUGUUCCCAUUCGUCUCGACAUGGAAAUCGACGGGUUGAAACUAAAAGAUACAUUCUGCUGGAACAAGAAUGAAACUCUCAUUACUCCAGAAAUGUACUCCGAGAUUUUAUGUGACGAUUUGGACUUGAAUCCCAUAUCGUUUGCGCCGGCUAUCGCACAAUCCAUCCGACAGCAAGUUGAACAGUACCAAGCGGAGAGUGUGACCACGGAGAAUUGCGAUCAGCGUGUGCUCAUCAAUUUGAAUGUGCACGUUGGAAACGUAUCUUUGGUUGACAAAUUGGAAUGGGACAUGAGCGAGAAGAACAACAUCACUCCUGAAGAAUUUUCCACGAAACUCUGCGCUGAACUAGGUCUUGGUGGGGAGUUCAUAUCUGCAAUUGCUUACUCUAUUCGUGGACAGCUCACGUAUCAUCAUCGAUGCUGGUUUUCAAUGAAUGACUGCCCUUUGCAUCUGACUGAUCCCGUCGGAACUCCGUACCGAAACGCUUCUGAUGCAGAACAGUGGUCUCCAUUCCUGGAGACACUAACAGACGCUGAGAUGGAGAAGAAAAUACGCGACCAGGACAGAAAUACUCGUCGAAUGCGACGCUUGGCAAAUACUGUCUGGUGAAAUGAUAUUGAGAUGAUUUCAUUCGGAAAACGAACUGCCUCAUUCAACAGCUUGCGUUGUCACCCAACUCAUAGAUUACGUUUUGCUUUAAUACGUAUCCUUCGUGAAUAGUUCAAGUGUAAAAGAUUUUUAAAUAUUUCCCCGUAUAUAUGUGUUGAGCUUGUGGGAUCUUGGUAUGAAUUUGAUACAUUUUGAAUGUUUCGACGCAUUUUGGUCUUUUCAGUAACUUGGAGAUCUCAGUUCGAUCGUUGAAGCGGCUCUCGGAAUAAUUUUAAACGAGUCUGUUUUAUAAUGCCUUUGAAACAUGAACACGAAUGAAGAUUUUUUACGUGCCUA